CUGAACUACAGAGAUGGUGUCGGUUCUCCUCGUUAACGAUGACGGCCCGCCCGGCCCUGAGUCCCCCUAUGUCUAUGGGCUCUUCCAUCAUUUGACUCAUGCCCUUGGCUGGACAGUGAAGGUUGUUCUCCCAAGCUCUCAGAAGUCUUGGAUCGGCAAGGCUUAUCAUAUCACUGAAAUCACCAAAGGCGGUUACUAUUACCCCUGUCAUCCAGAUGGCAAGGGAAAUACCUCAGCUGUAUCCCGCCCGUUGAAAGAGGGGGAGUCUGCUGAAUGGAUAUUACUAGAUGGUACUCCCGCCACGUGCGCAAACAUUGCCUUACACAAUCUAUAUCCUGGUCAGAUUGAUUUGGUGAUCUCUGGGCCAAACUUUGGACGAAAUUCUUCAGCGGCAUUCACGCUAUCAUCUGGCACUAUCGGAGCGGCGAUGUCGUCUGCUCUGUCUGGCAUCCGAUCUAUCGCUGUUUCCUACGGCAAUGUUCUACGCCCGACACCGACUAAUCUGUUUGAGCCUGCCCACGUUUUAAGUGGAAAAAUCAUUCAAAAUCUUUGGGAGCACUGGGGGGAAGAUCCUGGUGGCUUGCGGAAUGGCGAAGUUGACCUCUACAAUGUGAACAUUCCCAUGAUUCAGAAGUUACUUGACAAGGAUGGUCUUGUUGUUUAUUGGACAAACAUCUGGCGAAAUUCAUACCAACGACUCUUCAAGCCCAUCCCACAAUCACAGCCCUUAGCUACAAAGCCCGCAAUCCCACCACCUGGUCCCGACACUCUUGCCAAAACUGAGUCCACCACCAAUUAUGGUGUCGAUGCUUCGUCGGACAGUAUAGGAAACCUUGCGUUCAAAUUCGCACCUGACAUCCAACAAUUGAUCACACCAGCCAUUUCAACUAUACCUAUUGGUUCCGACGGAUGGGCGAUUGCUCAAGGAGCAGCCAGUAUAACUGCCUUGAGGGCUAGUUUUGCUGAGGCGGAUACAAACAACGCUAGUAGAGAUAUCGCGCAAGUGAGGACCAUGAAACUGUAGUUGGCGAAAAAUGUUCAUCACUAGUCUUGACAAGCAUUGGCAACCCUCUGAAUUGUCCACUUCGUCAUCAGUCUUGUAGAUCGCUUCAUGUGUUCUAAAGCUUGCAUCCUAGUCGAUCUACUAGUAGAUUGAUAACUCCGUCAAUGCUACGACCACUAUCAGUGACCAUAACCAAUUGCUCUCUCCCCUCGACCCGAUACCGAAAGCACCUCCGGUAGUUGAAGCGUCUAAAAUAGCCUCCUUGUAUACCUUGAGCGAAUUGAUUAUCCAUGAGGCGUUCACAAAAUUUGAACCUGUCAUUAGCUGGUCCUCGCACGUUCCAGGGCAACCAGACGUAUCAUAAGAGUUGCCCGCCCAAUCUCCACAAAAGGUUAUAUCGAAUAUAAUGGAAUGAUUAACAAAAUAUUGUGUCAAGUUACACUGAGUUGGGUAGAGUGCCGCGACGGGUGUUCCCCAAUUCGACGGGUUCGGUUCUCCAUUGUCGAUAUCCGAAGGCACGGCAGAGCGGUAGAAUGACCAGACCGCGAUUCCAUCGGAAUCCCACUUCAUUGCGAAUACACCACCUCCUAUAGAGUCAAAGUAAGGCCCAUACGAGGAUUGGCUCCAUUCAACGACGCCACAACCGGCAUUGUCGUUUAUCAACGCAUUGCACUGUAAAUUAUCCUGGCCAUUCGUUUGAACUACGUCUCCCGAGAAAGAAUCAAGAUUGGUUAGAUUGCAACCUG